AUGGAGAAGAUUGACUCGGCACAGGAGAGCGUCAUCACCCGUGACAUCCAUCGCACGUUUCCAGCACACGACUACUUCAAAGAAUCCGAUGGAGAUGGACAAGAUUCACUCUACAAGAUCUGCAAGGCUUAUUCCGUCUAUGAUGAGGAAAUAGGUUACUGUCAGGGUCAGUCUUUUCUGGCUGCCGUUCUUCUUCUACAUAUGCCUGAGGAGCAGGCCUUCUGUGUCUUGGUGAAGAUAAUGUAUGAAUAUGGCCUCAGAGCUCUGUACAAAAACAACUUUGAAGAUCUUCACUGCAAGUUCUAUCAGCUGGAGAAACUAAUGCAGGAACAGCUCCCAGACCUUUGGGCCCACUUCCAGGAGCUGAACCUGGAGGCACACAUGUAUGCCUCCCAGUGGUUCCUCACCCUCUUUACGGCCAAGUUCCCCCUCUGCAUGGUUUUCCACAUCACUGACUUGCUGCUUUGUGAGGGACUGAGCAUCAUCUUCAAUGUGGCCCUGGCUUUGCUCAAGACGUCCAAAGAAGACCUCCUGCAGGCGGACUUUGAGGGGGCUCUCAAGUUCUUCCGGGUCCAGCUACCGAAGCGCUACAGAGCUGCAGAGAACGCGCGGCGGCUAAUGGAGCAGGCCUGCAACAUCAAGGUACCACAGGAAACCAAAAUGCUUUUGUUUGGUGCUCAACUUCAUUUUGAACUAUGA